AUGAGUAAAUUAACAAAUCUUCUGCUGCAGGCACAGCAGCCUAGCGAAUUCGGCAGAGAUCAGAAUUUUAUUCCUAAAGGAAGCCUCGACCACUUGAUUGACAGAAAAAUGGUCGGGCUUUUUGUAGGAGAAAAAGAAGAAGAAGAGGACCUGAGAGAUUUCGUGCUCGAAAAGGCGACCAUAUUGUUCGCACUUAUAGCGCUCUCUGGGAUAAAAAAAUACGAAAUGCCUGAAGUAAUGAAGGUUUUCAAGGAUGCCAAGAUCACAGACAGCCAUCUGCCACUCGAUAAGGAGUCGUUGAACCGCAUUGUAAUCGACGAUGACAGCUCCGAUGAUGAAGGGGGCUGGAGUGAGGCGAACUCGUUCAAUUUUCUAAACACUCAGCCUAAAUUCUUUGCCCCAGUGUUUGACCUCAGCCGGCACAAUCAUGACUUCCCCUCCAGUGCAAUUCUUCCAUUCAUUAAAGAAGCCAAGGCUCUCGGACAAGGGACAUUCGGAGAAGUAUAUAAAUACGGCAUCCAUCCCGCACAUAUGAUAAAGGGUACAGAUGAGAAGCACCCGGAAUAUCAGGAAUUUAAGUGUCCUGAAUUUGUCGCUGUUAAAAAGAUUCGACCUGGAGACGGCGAAGAACGGGCACAAAUGGUGGCAAGUUGGGAAAAAGAAGGAGCUGUUCUCCGCGACAUGAACAAACUCAAACAAAUACAUAUUGUCCCGAUUCUCACAGCAUUCCGACAUGGCCAUCAAGGUAACGAAGACCAUUAUUUGAUGUUUGAGUGGGCAAGCGGAGGCAAUCUGCGGCAACUGUGGAGUGAUCUGAAGCGGGAGCGUUUAUCUUCAGGAAUCGUCAAAGCGGCCCUUAAGCAGCUCCUUGGUCUAUCUGAAGCCAUAUACAAUGCUCACGAGCCCUCUAUGGCUGCCGAAGCCUCUGAAAGAAGCAACUUGUUCGCCAAAGAUGGAUUAAGGGGUGACUUCUUUCGUCACGGAGACCUGAAGCCCGAAAACAUCCUCUGGUUUAAAGACGAGGAACACGAUAACGAAACUGGCUUUAAUAUGGGGACAUUGAAGAUUGGAGACUGGGGUCUUGCUAAACGACAGAAUAUUCCCACUCAGCUCAGGAUCCAUAGAACAACCACCAAAUUUGGAACAUGUCGAUAUGAGCCCCCUGAAGAGACAACUGGCCACAUUGUCAAUCUUAGGGAUGAUAUCAAACGCCGUUCUCGGCUCUACGACAUUUGGGGGAUGGGUUGUAUCUUUUUGGAGUUCUUGAUCUGGCUUUUAUAUGGCACAGAGGGCCUCAAAAAGUUCGACCAUUCCAUGAUAACGAAGCAAAACCCUUGCCCGCCGUUUUAUGAAAUAGAAGAGGGAGAUGGAAAGCCACAUGGCGUGGUUCACCCUUCUGUGAUUAAAUGGAUGAACCAUAUCGCCAAUGACCCAGCAUGUAAUGGAGAUGGGACGGCGCUAGGGGAUCUUCUGAACGUGAUUCGAGAAGACCUUCUGGUAGUUGACUUGCCUGAGAAGCUAGGCUCGCACAUGUCCGAAACAGAACAAGCUGCCUUAAGUUCAUGGGCCCAGACAACAACGGACGAGGACGACUUACAGGCGGCAGACUCAAAUGAUGUUCCUCAAAUCACCGUUAAUGAAAGUCAACCAACAAAUUCUCAAGACGAUCAAAAGCCAACGACCAACAUAAUCAUGCGACGAAAGAAGCCUCGUGCACGUGCGAAACAGUUCUAUCUUCGGAUGGAGGGGAUAGUAGAGUUCGACGACAACAGAGAAGAAUAUUGGCUUCCGGCCGAGCCUGGCCCCCCUUUAGGCCUUCAGGUAUGUUCUCGUGACAAAGGGAAGGAAUUACUAAAUAUCCCGCUAGAGGGAAGUACCGUCCUUGACACGGUGACAAGAAAUGAUUCAGAAUUACUUGGGGUAACCAGCCUCAAGGGCGUGGUCACAAUUAGAGUGAGUAUCUGA